AUGGCUGCUGAAACUACAAAGAUCUUGGUCGCUAAUCCAAGCCCCGACAAUUUGGAAAAAGUUCUUGAGCGAUGCAACGUUCAGAACGACAAAAACGGUCCAUUUGCUGCAACGGUGCUUUUAGGGGAUGUCAUUCCUGAAAAUCACCAUCUCCCGUCUACAGAGUUGAAUGAAAGCAUGUAUUUCACUCGAGGGUACAACGGCAUCUCAGAUGAAGUUGAAGCAAAAGCAGAAGCACAAUCUCAAGAGGCGGGGAAUGCUUCAUCGUUGGUUGAUGUAGCUGAGAAUUUAACCUAUGUCAAGCCUCCAUAUAGUCUCAUCAAGUUGGUUUCAGGGACAACCAUGUUGAUCCUAUCGGGCCCGCUCACGCAGGAACUAGUGACCAGGAUCUCAAACGUGAAACAAAAAAUUGACCUCUUGGUUUCCUAUAAAUGGCCCCUUGCUAUCGCCGAGAAAGAGAUGUUUUUGCAAGUUGGCGACGAAGUAGUGGAUGAAGUGGUGAAACUUGUGAAGCCAAGGUAUCAUUUCGCGGUGGGCACCUCCGAGGGGAAAUUUUACGAACACGAGCCGUUUCGAUGGAUCCUGGGGGAAGUGACAAGAUUCAUAAGUUUGGGCCAGGAGGGCGGAAAAGAAAAAUGGUACUACGCAUUCACUAUUAGUGGUGGAGAUGGUGAUGACCAGCACGAGGUGGAAACUGUAGAGAAUCCAUUUUCGAGGAAACGAAAAUGUGCCGAGGAUACCCCGUCACUCUCAAGUGUAGCCAAGAGAAAGAAACCCAAAACGGUUACACCGGACGAAUGUUUCUUUUGUCUCAGUAAUCCCACCACGGAAACUCACAUGAUUGUCUCGAUUGGCUCGCACUCAUAUCUAACAGUGGCAAAGGGGCCCUUGACUAGAUCAAACAAGGACUUGUCGUUCUCCGGCCACGGGAUCUUGAUACCAAUAAAACACAUACCGAGCAUUGGCGAUGAAGACGAGCAAGUCAAAUCAGAGUUGAAAACAUUCGAGAGCACCUUGGUCAGGGCAUUUGCUGAACAAAGGCCGUUUUUGAAAUUGAUCUUUUACGAGCUUAGCAAACACGACAAUGUCCACCACAAUGUCCAGUUCCUCCCCGUUUACGAAAAGAUGUUGGACAAGUUUGCAAAAUCGCUUGCGUUUCGCACGAAAUUAAACAACGACAAGUUCAAACGAAACCAGAUUCUCAAAUUUCAAGAAUUUGCCAACCCGCAAGAUGAAGCGUUGCUUCUGAUUGAGAACUCGCAUGAUUUUAUCAAAUUCAUCAUCCAUUUUAGUCCAGAGCAGAGCAAAAUCUACAUUGCCAAAUUGGCACGCGACAAGCCCGUUGAUGUACAGUUUCCUCGACGUGUGCUCGCUCAUAUGCUCAACUUACCCGAUAGAAUACAGUGGGACAAAUGCCAACAGUCAAAAGUCAAGGAAAUGACCGAUUGCGAAGAAUUUAA